AUGGCUCCCCACAAUCAAAGCCAUGCUAUUGCCAUCAUCGGCAGUGCUUGCCGCUUCCCCGGCGAGUCUGUCACCCCAUCCAAGCUUUGGGAACUACUUCGCGAUCCCAGGGACGUCGGCGGACCGCUGCCGGUGUCACGUUUCAACGCCGAGGGCUUUCACCACCCGGAUCCGUUGCAUCAUGGCCACAGCAACGUCAAGGACAUGAGGGCGUACUUUCUUUCCGGAGAGGGCGUCGAGCAUCGGUUCGACGCAGGCUUCUUCGGAAUCCGCUCUGCCGAAGCCGCGGUGCUCGACCCUCAGGUCCGCCUGCUCAUGGAGACGACGUACGAGGCCCUCGAGGCCGCGGGGCAGACCAUGGAGGCCCUCAGGGGAUCGGACACGGGAUGCUAUGUCGGCAUGAUGAUCAGCGAGUACGAGCAGUCCAUGAUGCGGGAUCCCGAGAGCACUGGUAUGUACCACAUCCUCGGCACAGCGCGAAGCCUCAUGUCCAACCGCCUAUCCUACUUCUUUGACUGGCACGGCCCGAGUAUGACGAUAGACACGGCCUGCAGCUCUAGCCUGGUGGCGGUGCACCAAGCCGUCCAGUUGCUCAGGUCGGGAGAAUCUCGGGUCGCCAUCGCCGCCGGGUCCAACAUGAUCAUGGACCCCGUCACCUAUGUCGGUGAGAGCAAGCUUCAGAUGCUCUCUCCUGACGGCAGAGGACGUAUGUGGGACGCUGAUGUAAACGGCUACGCUCGAGGCGAGGGCGUAGCGACUAUCGUCAUGAAGAGACUCUGCGACGCCGUGGCUGAUGGCGACGACAUUGAGUGCGUCAUCAGAGAGACCGGCGUCAACCAAGACGGGAAGACGCGCGGCAUUACCAUGCCAAGCGCGAGCGCGCAAUCCGCUCUCAUCCGGGACACGUACCGGCGAGCGGGGUUGGAUCCCCACCGUCCGGCCGAUCGGCCCCAGUAUUUCGAGGCCCACGGAACGGGAACGCCGGCCGGAGACCCCAUUGAAGCCGAAGCCAUACACUCGGCCUUCUUCGGCGGGCGACCCACCAAGACCAACGAGGAGCGCGGGCGCGACACACUCCUAGUGGGAAGCAUCAAGACGGUCUGCGGCCACGCCGAAGGAGCGGCCGGCAUUGCUGGCGUCCUGAAGGCGUCGCUCGCUCUGAAGCACGCGGCCGUUCCGCCAAACCUCCUAUUCGAGAGGCCGAACCCCCGGAUAGAGCCUUUGAUGGCGAACCUGCGCGUACCGACGUCGCUCGAACCCUGGCCGCCUACCGAGGCGGGCGAGCCACGCCGCGCGAGCGUUAAUAACUUCGGUUUCGGAGGCACCAACGCGCAUGCCAUACUCGAGUCAUACGCGACGGCCACGCCAUCAUCGCCGCAGCAAUACCCCGACAGGCCGCCGGUGUUUUCCCCUUUUUGUUUCUCGGCUGCCACCGAGACGUCGUUGAGGAGGCAGCUCGGCAACCUGGCCGACUACCUGGACACGGACGAGGGACAGUUGGUGAGCCUACGAGACCUGGCCUAUACGCUACACAGCCGCCGUAGCCGCCUUCCCUUUGCGACUGCAGUUUCGGCAUCGAGCGUCAGCGAGCUCCGAUCCAAGCUUGCCGAGAAGUGUCGAGGUGCUGACGCAAACGCCUCGGGCAUCGUGAGGCUCCGGCUGGACAGCGACGCGAGCACGGAAAGACGGGCCCCCUUCAUCCUGGGCGUCUUCACCGGCCAGGGAGCCCAGUGGCCCGCCAUGGGCGCCCGUCUCCUCGCGGCAUCGACCGCGGCGGCAUCGAGGAUAGCCUCGCUGGAGGAAAGACUUGCGCAGCUGCCGCCUGCUGACCGCCCAACCUGGUCUCUGCGCGAGGAGUUGACUCGUCAAGACGACUCGCGCGUUGCCGAAGCCGAGCUGAGCCAGCCGCUCUGCACCGCCGUCCAGGUCCUGCUGGUAGAUAUGUUGCGGUCUUUGGGCAUCGAGUUCGCCGCCGUCGUCGGCCACUCGUCGGGCGAGAUGGGCGCUGCGUACGCCGCCGGCGUGUUGUCAGCUGCCGACGCUGUUUGCAUCGCCUACUACCGUGGCUUACACACCCGCCUGGCGUGCGGACCGGACAACCAGAAGGGAUCUAUGCUGGCGGUCGGCGUGUCGUCGGAGGAUGCGUUGGAGCUGGUUGACUCGGACGUCUUCCGCGGCCGGGCAUCCAUCGCGGCCUACAAUUCGUUCAAGAGCCUCACGCUCUCCGGAGACGAGGACGCCAUUGCCGACAUCCAGGUUAUUCUUGAGGACGAGAACAAAUUCGCCCGCCUGCUCAAGGUGGACAAGGCGUAUCACUCUCAUCACAUGGCGCCGUUUGCGGGACCUUACGGCCGUUCUCUCAGAGACUUGAACAUCCGCGUCUCUCCUCCCAGGUGUGCAUGGAUAUCGAGCGUCACUGGCAGCAACAUCGGUAACGACGGCGACGGCUUUUUGGACAGCCUCCAAGGCCCAUACUGGGUGCAGAACGCCGUCGGCCCCGUCUUGUUCAUGCAGGCUCUACAGCGAGUCUGUUCGUCGCCUGGCGCCUCCGAGAUGCAGGCCGUCAUAGAGGUCGGGCCCCAUCCGGCCCUGCAGACUCCGGCCACGCAGACUCUCGAGGAAAUGUUAGGACGGACGGUGCCGUACACGGGUCUGCUCCGGAGAGCCCAUGACGACGUGGUUUCGGUGGCUCAAGGGCUCGGACACAUCUGGACGCACCUCGGUCCGCUCGACCUGCGAGCGUACGAGGCCUUCAUGUCUGGCGGUGAGCCGGUGAGGGUCAUCAAGGGUCUCCCAUCGUAUUCCUGGGAUCACGACGCCCGCCACUGGCACCGUUCGAGGCUCGCCAACGCCGUCUUGAACAGGGGGAAGCCUCACCCGCUACUCGGACACCUGAUGGGCGAGUCGUCUCGGGGCCACGAGCUCCGAUGGCGGCAGUUCCUGAGCCCGGCUGAGAUGCCGUGGCUCAACGGCCACCGUCUACAGAACCAGUCCGUCUUCCCCGCCGCCGGGUACAUCGUUCUAGCCAUCGAGGCCGGCAGGGAGCUCGUUGCGAUGCGUCCGCCCGGACUCGGACUCGGAACCGAACGCGCGGGCCUGAUCCGAGUCCACAAAGUGGAUAUCCAGCAAGCCAUGGCCUUUGACGAUGACGACUCCAAGGUCGAGGCCGUAUUUGCGAUAAACAGCAUCGUCAACGACGCGAGCAGACAUGCCAUCACGGCUAACUUCACCUACUCGGGGUCCUCUUCGGGCACCACGCGAAGCAUGGGAGCCGAAGCAGCGCCGCCGCCGCUACCACUGACGCUACCCGCUCGGGGCCCGCUCGCCGACAACACUCUGCCCGUUAGGGAGGACGACUUUUACAGCUCGCUGAGCCAGUUGGAGUACGAGUAUUCCGGUCCCUUCCGCGCCCUGUCCGGGCUUCGGCGUAGGCUGGGCUUCGUCCGGGGCUGGGUUGCCACGCCACCCAACAAGGAGCGGACGGACCUGCUCAUUCACCCGGCGACGCUUGAUGCGGCGUUCCAGGCUGUCCUGCUCGCCCGCGCCAUGCCGUACGAUGGGAGCCUGUGGAGCAUGCAUGUUCCCAAGACCAUUGAAAGCGUCUUAGUCGACGUCGGAGCCUGCGAGAAGGUCAUGCCCACUGCAGAGAAGCUCCCCUUUGACUCUUAUCAGCCGAGCGGUUUGAGACAUAUCUUCAAGGGCGACGUCGACCUUUAUCCACCCCCAAGCCCGGUCGUCGUCGACGACUACGACGACGACGACGACGCGGCCUGCGCCAUAAUUCAGGUCGAGGGUCUCCAUUGCGUCCCCUUCUCGGCGGCCACGGCCCAGCACGACAAGGAGCUGCUGUCUGUCCUGGUAUGGGAUCGCGCGGCCCCAGACGCCAACAGGCUGGCGUCUGCCGAUGCUACCUCGGGCAAGCCGGCCGGCUCCGACGGGGGCAAGCUGCAGCUGGCCGAGUUCCUCGAGAGGCUUUCCCUGUUCUUCCUGCGACGCCUUCAGCGCUCCGUCCCCGUCGACCACGCUUGCCGCGGCGACAAGCACCUUCUGAGCCCCUUGUUCGGCUUUGCUCAACACGUCGAGACUCUCGCGGCCACCCGGUGGCCCUUUUGGAAGGCCGAGUGGUCCAACGACACGCGCGAGAUACUCUCCGCCGCCGCCGAGCCCUACGUUGACGUGGUUGAUUAUCAGCUCCUCAACAGGAUCGGCGACAGCAUGGUUGACAUUGUCACCGGCAAGACGACGGCCAUCGAGGUCAGCAUGCGCGACAAGCUGCUGAACGAUUACUACCCCAACGCCCUCGGCAUGGCCGAGGCCACCGAGAAUCUCGCGAGUACCGUCAAGCAGAUGACGCAUAGGCAUGCUCAUCUGAACAUCCUCGAGGUCGGUGCGGGCACGGGGGGCGCCACCAAGGCCAUCCUCAAAACCGUGGGUGACAGUUUCGCGUCGUACGUCUUCACGGACGUCUCGUCGGGCUUCUUCCCCACAGCGCAAGAGUAUUUCCAGGACCACAUCAGCCACGCAGCCGCCUCGCGUAUCAAGUACAAGGUUCUGGACAUCGGCAAGGACCCGGUCCAGCAGGGUUUCCAGAUCGAGAGCUACGAUGUCGUCGUCGCCUCCAUGGUGCUACACGCGACGCCCGUCCUCGCACAGUCUCUCAAGAACGCGAGGAAGCUGCUGAGGCCGGGCGGCUGGCUGUUGCUCAACGAGGGGGUCGACAACGACGUGGCCCGUUGCGGCGCCAUCUUCGGAACGUUUCCCGGCUGGUGGUUGGGCGCGCAGAGCAGCGGCGGCGACGGCCGCGUCCUGGGGCCCUUCGUGCCGCUGCCCGAGUGGGAUCGCCUCCUCCGGGGUGCCGGCUUCGGCGGUGUCGACUCGGUCGUGCCCAUCGCCCACCCGCUGCUGGCGUCCAAUACCGUCUUUGUCGCGCAGGCCGUCGACCCCGGCGUCAGCUUCCUCCGCAAUCCGCUCUCCUUCUCGCCGGCCGACGUCGCCAAGUUGACCGCGGUGGCUCCCGCCCUGCAGGAUCUUGUCAUUGUGGGUGGUGGGAGACUUGGCGCCGCGGACGGCUCGGUCUGUCGGUCGUUGAAGCCUCUCCUCGAGCGGUACUUUCGCCACGUCGUGCAGGUCGAUGGCCUCGAGAAGGCCGCCUCGCUCGGGACGCUCUCUUCGGCUACCACGACCGUUCUGAGCCUCUGCGACGCCGAGGAGCCUGUCAUGAAGAGCCUCGAUGAUGCCACCUUCGAGGCAAUCAAGACCAUCUUGAACAGCGCCCGCGCGAUUCUUUGGAUCACUCAUGGACGAAGGGCCGAGGAACCCUUUGCCAACAUGACGGUCGGACUGGUGCGCUCACUACUCCUCGAGAUCCCGACGCUGUCUUUCCAAUUUCUCGACUUUGAAGACACGCAGGCCAUGACGGCCGAUGCCUUGACAGAGGCCCUCCUCCAUUUCACCGCCUCAGCAGCCUGGAACCAGCAGGACAAGGCUACCAAGGGCGCGAGCUCCAUGCUCUUGACGGCCGAGAGGGAGCUUGUCCUCGACCGAGAGGGUCAGUUGCUCAUCCCGCGCUUCGUCCCGGACCGAGACAUGAACGACCGCUAUAACUCGGCUCGAAGGCCCAUCGGAAAGACGCGAAGGCUGAAAGCCGAGUCCGAGGCUACCCGCGUGGUCAGCAUCCGACGCGACGCACAAGGUAAAAUCCUCUGUCUUGAGGAGAGCGCCGAGCCUGAGGCCGUCAACGUCACGCACUCUCUGUUGCGGGCGUGUUCCGUCGGCGUCAGGAGAGCCCACGUCCACCUCGCCUGGGAUGCGCAGAAUGUCCCGCGCGUCGUGCUGUCCGACCAUCUCUCGUCUGCCGUCUGCCCUCUAGACAAGUCGACCGUGGUACCGGUUCGUGACGAAGGCGGAGCACGCCUCCUCCGGGACCCGAACGGCGCUGGUCGGUUCCUGUGGCUCGUCGCCUUGAACCUCGUAGCCUUUGACGUGCUCCGGGGCUUGUCCCGCGGCGAGAAACUCGUGGCAUACGAGCCGGAGUCAGCCCUCGCGGCCAUUCUGCAGAGAGAAGCCAAAGACCGCGGGGUCCUCGUGGAUAUCUUGACUUCGGAGACCAGCCGGCAGCGUUGCGAGCUCUUGGGCUGGUCCUUCAUCCACCCCUGCGCUCCUUUCCGGGCCGUCGAGAGAUGCGUGUCCACCAGCGUAAGCGCCUUCUUGAUAUGCCAUGACGCAGGACACGGCGUCGUUGGCCGUAUCAUCUCUCGCCUGCCUGAGCGCUGCCGCGUCGUCGAGUUGGCCGGCAUGAUUUGCGACAAGACAACGUCUGUUCGGCCUCUCGGCCAUGGUGAUGUUUUCUUCAACGGUGACGGUGCUGAUGCCAACGCCGAAACCCUCGGCCACCGCCUCCGUCACGCCGUCCUUUACGCCCUGCAGGACACGCCCUUUUUGUUGUCCAACACGACGACCAAUAUCCGACUCAUGCCUAUAGCACAAAUCGCCAAGGCAGCUUUGGGUGACGCAGGCGCAUUGCUGCCAAAGGCUACCGAGCUGCGUGUCGUCGUCGAGUGGGACGGCGUCGACGAGAGUCCGGUCAACGUGACGACGAUCGACCAGCAGCUUCAGCUCCACCAGCGGCCCCAGGAACAGCACCUGUUUUCCGACACCAAGACGUACUGGCUCGCCGGGCUCACGGGCGGCCUGGGCCUAUCCCUAUGCGAAUGGAUGGUCGGCCAAGGGGCCAGAUACUUCGUCAUCACAAGCCGCAGCCCCAACGUCUCUACGUCGUGGCUUUCCAAGAUGGCAGACCGCUCGGUCGUCGUCAAAAUAUAUUCAAACGACCUCACCGACUGGCAACACACGGAAGCGCUGCUGCGGGACAUGCACGCCGUCAUGCCGCCGCUCGGAGGCGUGGCCAUGGGCGCCAUGGUGCUAAAAGACAUGGCCUUUGACAACAUGUCGCUGCGAGACAUGCGCGUGGUGACGGACCCCAAGGUCAGGGGCAGCGUGCACCUCGAGAGCCUCCUGGGCAACAUCGACCUCGACUUUUUCGUCUUCCUGUCCUCCCUCACUGCCGUCACCGGAAACCCGGGCCAGUCCAACUACUCGGCGGCGAAUCUGUUCAUGGCGGGACUGGCAGGUGCGCGGAGGCGGAGAGGGCUCGCCGCCACCGUCAUGCACAUCGCGGCUGUCCUGGGCGUCGGUUACGUCUCGGAAAAGACGGAAACAUCAAAGACCAACUUUUCCCGCACCUCGGGCUACACGCUCACUUCUGAACAGGACUUCCAUCAGCACUUCGCCGAGGCCGUCGUCGCCGGACGCGCCCGCGACGUCUCUGGCCGUCGCUGCGGGCCUCUGGAGAUCGCCAUGGGGCUGCAGAAAGAGAGCGCAAAUGCCGACAAGAAAGCCUUUUGGUUCAGCAACCCCACCAUCACGCACUUCAUCCGCAACGAAGACGGAAACACAAGCGAAGACGCAGGCGCCGCGGGGACUGCACGCGGCUCGCGAGACAACAGGGCGUCCGUCAGGGCCCUGCUCGCGUCGGCCACGUCCCGCGCAGAGGCCGUCCGCAUCGUCAAAGACGGAUUCGUACCCUUUGUCCGCUCUCUGUUCCAGUUUCCGGGCGGUGACGAUCAGGCCAACGUCGACGAGCUCUCGUGCGUGAAGCUCGACGACAUGGGCCUCGACUCUCUCCUCGCCGUGGAGAUCAGGACGUGGUGGUUGAAGACGAUUAAUGUAAACUUACCCGUCAUGAAGAUCCUCAGCGGCGUGUCGGUCGACCAGCUGGUGGACAUGGGCGUCGACCAGCUGCCCCGCGACUUGGUACCCAAUGUGGAACAACGCACGCCCGCCGACCCCCCAUCUCCGGAUCGUUCUGCGUCUCUUGUGGAUAUUGUAGGGUCGGCGUCGGAGCCGGAGACAAAAGUGGACCCGGAGGCCGAGAUAGAACCGGAGAUACAAUCCGAUCUCGACAGCAGUAGCGAUAAGAAGACGGAAUCCUGGACAUCACCGUCGGCCUCUUUGGGUGACAUAACCACUGCUACCACGUCCCGAGCCAUCACCCCCCCAGCGGUGGACGAAGACGCCCCAGACGGAGAUGGGAAGCUCUUCGAAGCGAGGCCGGCUGUAUCCCGCUGGCUGGAGCCCUCCUUCAGCCAGAAGAUGUUCUGGUUCGUGCUUUCGUUUGUCGACGAUGGUGCUGGCCUGAACCACACUGGCAUGUUCCGUCUGACGGGUCCUGUAGACGUCGACAAGCUGGAAAGGGCUGUACUGCAGCUCGGACAGCGCCACGAUAUCCUCCGGACCUGCUUCGAGAAUGUCGACGGGCGAACCAAGGCGGGCAUCAUGGAGCGGAGCCUCUUGAAGCUGGAACGACGGCGCAUCGUCGACGAGCAGGAGGCUCACGACGUCGCCGGAGAACUCCACGCCUACAGCUACGACGUUUCGGCUGGAGAGUGUCUAAGGAUCGUGCUGCUUACCCUGGCCCCCACUACACACUUCCUGUUAUACGGAACGCACUCGCUGGUCCUGGACGGCUUCUCGUCCGCCAUCCUCAACAACGAGCUGAUCCGACUGUACAAGGGUGACGGCGACAUGACUCCCGCCGAUGCCGUCUAUCAGUACUCGUCGUUUGCCCAGAGCCAGAUCCAGGCCAUGCACGAGGGGGCGUGGGAAAGCGACCUCGCCUUCUGGAGGAAAACCUUCGCGUCGUGCCCGUCUCCGCUGCCGUUGUUAAGCGUCUCGUCGGUCGUGAGCCGCUCGGAGCAAGGCGCGUACAGGAACCAUCAGGCCAAGCUGCAAGUCGAGGCCUCUACCAAGUCUCGCAUCUGGGACGUUUGUCGGCACCACGGAGUGCGACCGUUCCACUUCUUCCUCACCGUCUUCCGAGCCUGCCUGGCACGCUUCGCAGACGUCGACGAGGUCGCCAUCGGCAUAGCCGACGCCAACAGGCUUCACGACGACGCCAUGGAGAGCCUGGGCCCUUACGUCAACAUGAUCCCGCUGCGAUUCCUCAGCGAUCCGCAGCUGGCUUUUGACGAGGCGGUCCGAGACACCAAGCAGACGACUGACGAGGCCCUGGCGCACUCGGCCGUUCCCUUUCAGGCCCUACUCGACGACCUCGGCGUCCCCCGUUCGUCGACACACCCGCCCAUCUUCCAAACCUUUUUCGACUACCGCCAGGGACUGCCCAAACGGCAACAAUGGGGGGAUUGCGAGCUCGAGAUGCUCUCGUUCGCGCUGCCACCGGUGCCGUACGACGUGGCACUCGACAUCACCGACGAUGGUAAAGACGGCGGCUGCCAUCUGGUGCUAAUUGUUCGCCAGGACAUGUACACUGUACGAGAUGCCGAGAUCAUCCUCGGGGCCUAUGAGAAGUUGUUGAUGGCCUUUGUGACGAAUCCCGGUCAAGUGUUUUCCGCGCCACAGAUCUACGAGACGUCAGAGAUUGAGCUUGCUCUCGGCUUUGGCCAGGGAGACUUCUCGCCGUCCGAGUGGACAAGGACUUACGGUUCGGUCCUGGGAAGAAUCGAGGCACUCGCAGAAGAACACCCGCACUCGCUGGCACUCAAGUCACCCCACGGCGGCCCGUCCAUGACAUACGGAGACAUGAUUGCCAAGUCGAGAGCCAUCGGUGCCGCCCUCGUGGCGGUGGGAUGCGCCCCCGGAGCGUCCGUGGUUGUUUACCAGGAAUCGACGCCCGACUGGAUCUGUUCGGUGCUGGGAACCUUUAGCAUCAACGGAGUGUGCGUUCCUUGCGACGCCGGCACCGUUGUAAAGCGUCUUGCCGACAUGGUUGCCUCCAGCAAGGCCACCAUCCUCCUCGUCGACGCGUCGACGGCGGAGCAGGCCGCGGGGGCGUUGGGCACCACCAUCAGCGACGAAGAGCGCGUGAGAAUACUCAGAGUCGACCGCAUCGAGGCGGCGACAUUGGGACACGCCUCAUCGACCGCACGUGGUCGGCUACCGCCGGGACCCCAAGACCCAGCGAUGAUGCUCUACACCAGCGGAUCGACGGGGACGCCCAAGGGUAUCCGCCUGAAGCACGAGGGGUUCACCAAUUGGGCCGAGUUCACCGUGCCCCGGUUGCUAACGGACACAUGCACUGGAAGUGGCGGAGGCGGCGACCUCGUCGUCCUCCAACAGAGCUCCAUCGGCUUCGACAUGGCUUACCUGCAGGCUUUCCUGGCCCUCGCGUACGGCGGCACACUCUGCAUCGUGCCGCGGGCGCAGCGCGUCGAUGCCGGCGCCAUUACCAGAAUCAUGGCGGCCGAGGGUGUGACCGUGACAUGCGCAGUGCCGUCCGAGUACAAGAACUGGCUGACCUACGGAGACCGAGCCCUGUUGGCCGCUGGAGUGAGCAGCUGGAGGACGGCCGUGAGCGGAGGAGAGCCCGGCAGCGACGCUGUGGUCGAGCUCCUGGCAGUCCGCGGCCCGCGCCAGAGCAAAGGACAACUGCCGCGUGUCAUGCACAUCUACGGCCCUACCGAGAUCACCUUCUUCGCGACGUUUGGGGUUCUGGGCCCUGACGACGCGAAGCAGCUGCCUCCCGCCGCGGGCAGGCCAUUGCAAAAUUAUUCCGUAUACGUGCUCGACGAGAGCCUCCGCCCCGUGCCACCGGGCGUGGUAGGUGAGAUAUUCGUCGGCGGAGCUGGCGUUGCUGCUGGCUACGUCUUGGGAGAGACAGAGACGGGGACAGAGACGGAGAGCGCCACGGCCGACAAGUUCCUCCCAGACCACCUGGCGCCGGCAGCAUUCCUCUCACAAGGCUGGACCACCAUGCACCGCACCGGCGAUAACGGCCGCUGGCGCGCCGACGGCCAGCUUGUGAUCCAAGGUCGUCGGUCCGGAGACACGCAACACAAGAUCCGGGGAUUGCGGGUCGACUUUCAGGAAGUGGAGAAGGCGAUCCUCGAAGAGUCGCACGGCUUCCUGUCCGAAGUUGUCGUCACCGCCCGUCGUUCGACGCCGCAAAGCGCCGAGUUCCUGGUGGCACAUGUCAAGCUGAAUCAGUACGAGGCCCCGGCAGAUGCUCACGAGCGGCAGACGCUUCUCGGUCGCCUCUCCUCGGGCCUGCCGCUACCGCAGUACAUGUGGCCUGCCAUCGUGGUGCCGGUGCCCGACUUUCCCAGGACCAUGUCUGGUAAGCUGGACCGCAGGGCCGUUGCCCUGUUUCCGUUGCCCGAGGCGGCAUCCGCAGACGACGAUGGAAGCGCCGACAACGGCGAAAGAGCAGCCGCCGCCGCCUUGUCUCUGACGGAAGCCCGGCUGAAGGGCGUUUGGUACGACGUCAUCUCGACUGCCGUCACAAGUCUGCGCACCGUGACGAGCGAGACGGACUUCUUUCACGUCGGAGGCACCUCGCUGCUGCUGCUUCAACUGCAAGCGCGCAUCCACCGCGAGUUUGGGCUGCGCGUUCCCUUGGUGAACUUGUUCGCCUCCAGCAGCCUGGCAGCCAUGGCCAAGUUGGUUGACGACGCUGGUUCGACAUCACCCGGGUGGUUGUCGUCUUCCGAGCCGGCCACCACGUGCACUUUCGACUGGGAUGCCGAGACGGACAUGGCCGAGACAACGUUGGCAGCGCUCAAGAUGUCGGUCCCUCAUCAACCGGCAUCGCCCAGCGCGGUCGUCGUCGUCUUGACGGGCGCGACGGGGUUGCUGGGGCAAGCGUACUUGCAAGCCUUGAUCGCCGAUUCAGGCGUCCACCGGGUUCACUGCAUCGGGGUGCGAGACGCCGCUGCCCGCCUGUCAUCUCUCCCACUUCUGAGGCACGGCAAGGUAGUAGUGAGCGAGGGAGACCUCGGACUCGCCCGCCUGGGCCUGGGCGAGACCCGGGCCCGCACCAUUUUCGGCGAGGCGGACCUCAUCAUCCAUAACGGCGCCGACACCUCCCACCUCAAGACGUAUUCAUCCCUGCGCAGGACCAACUUGGGAGCCACCCGGGAGAUUGUGGAUAUGUGUUUGCUGGUCGGCAAGAGGAUCCCCAUCCAUUACGUGUCGACGGCAAGCGUUCUGCAAUACGCCGGCCUGGAGGAGUUCGGCGAGGAGUCUGCCGCACGUUAUCCACCUGCCGCCGACGCUUUCGACGGGUAUAGCGCGUCCAAAUGGGCCAGCGAACGAUAUCUGGAGAAAUUAAACGACGGCUGUGCCGAAGAGCAAGGAGGUCGUGGCGACGGAUGGUCAGUCUGGAUUCACCGCCUCACCAGUGUGCAGCGCGGCGGCGGCGAUGACAAUAACAGCAAUCAUAACAACGCGCCAGGGCAGGAUGCGUCGGAGGAGCCAGCUAACAUGGACAUCAUCUGGAACCUGUUCAAAUACUGCAAGCUGACAGAGGCAGUAUGCGUGCUUCCAAACUUGAGCGGCUUUCUCAGCAUGGUUCCCUUGGAGCAGGCGGUUAAGAGCAUGAUGCGCAACAUCCACGCCGGCAUCAUCGAGGAACAGACAAACGGAGAGGCAGGCGUCCGCUAUCGACACGUUGUGGGCGACGUCGUCGUACCCUUGUCGGGCUUCAGACAGUCUAUGGAGGGCAUCCUCGGCGCGCCCGUUGCUGAGCUCACCCUUGAGGAAUGGGUCCGAGAGGCGGCUGGGUUUGGAAUGAACCCCGUGCUGUCGGCCUUCUUCGUGAGCUUGGGAGAAUCGCGGCCGGUUACCUGGCCGCGACUCUUGAGCUCACAAUAUUCAUAG